AUGACAGUUAACGGAGAUGAUUUACUUAUUAAUCGUUCAUUUGGAUAUGAUCUACGUCGAUAUUCUCUUUUAAAUUUUAAUCUUCUACAAUCACCUCAUAUAUAUAAAAAUAUUAAAGAAAUAUGUAUAACUACAAUAAGAUUAAAUUCAAAUAAAAUUUUAGCUCUUGCUAUUUCAAUUAAUGAUAAACAAAUGAUUGAUUUAAUACAUUUAAAUACUAAUCAACUUAUUCAUCGAAUUAAAUUAGAUUUUAAUGAAAAUAUUUCAUAUCCAAUUGAUUUACAUUAUCAUGGAUUAUGGUUUGCUAAAACAUGUAUACCUUAUAUAAAUAUUGGUCAUUGUUUAAUAACAUCUAAUGGACAAAUAAUUAGAUUAAAACUUUUUUCUAAUCAAGAUAAUUUUAUACGUUCACUUCGAAUGACUGAUGAUAAUAGAUGGUUAUUAAUUGGUAGACAAUAUGCAUUAGAACUUUAUUCAUUAUCAAAAUGA